GAUCAGCAGGUUGUGUAUACAUACAAUAUUACGGAGUGUAUUUUGAUCUGUCAUACGAUUUUGGUAAACGUCAGGUGGACGCGAUACGUAAAAUAGGUCUACCGUAUAAAGAAUCGAACGAUGGGGUGCGAAGAGUAAACGUUUCGAGCUUCUCGCAGUGAAAUGAUAAUGCUAAAAUAUUCGUACGUUCAGUUCCUCAGUAGUGUCGACGUGUAAAAUGGCGUGGUUCGGCGACGGUCUGUCUAGCCUGUCGAAUUUGAAGGGCCAAAUAACGAGUUUCACCAAGGAGGUUCUGUCCGAAGGAAUCGUCGAGGAAAUAGACGAACGAAGCAAGGAGCUCAACGAAGCGAACGAGAAAUGUGUACAACUUCAAGAGCUGCUUAUUUCCAAGGAUGCAGAGAUUUCUCUUCUUCGUCGGCAAAACAGCGAGCUUCAAAAAGUGGUUCUGGAAUAUGACGCCCAGCAUUCGCAAACGGACGGGAACCACCAGAAUGACGACGGCUCGGCUUUCUUUUGGGACCCUCCGUCGGCCAAAAAUCGUGAUGCGAAAAAGGAUAAUCAAACGAGGCUCCUCCAGGAGCAACUCUCACAAGCCACCGUAAAAAUUCGCGAAUUGGAAGCGGAACUGAAAACUGUACGACGGGUGAACGCGCAAAGCUCGAAGGAAGACGUUCUCGAUUGUCACCAAAAAACGGAACUCCUGCGAGCGAAGCAAGACAUGAUAAACCGUAUCAUUCAAAUGGGUGAAAAGAAUCGCGAAGCGGAAAGAAAUAUGAAACGUCUUCAGUUGGACGAAGCUGUUCUGGUGAAUGAUUUUCGUGGCAUAAUGUCACAGCUGGGAUCAACGGAGCAGCUAGAUCUUAUUCGGGCAGCUCUGAAAUCUUUGGAAAUUGAAAACGAAAAGGAAAUACUGACGGGGCGCGAGGAGAAGUUUGACGUGAAUGAGAAAAUUAUGAAAUAUGACGAUGGCCAGUUUGAAUCGGUCUGCCUGAAGACCGAUAACGACAAUGGAACCGCUAAGAGGGAAGACAAACUUAACGGGGACACGUCAAACAAGGAAACCGAUCUCCUGAGGAGAAUCGCUCAGCUUGAAGAGGAAAACGUCGGCCUGAAUACCAGUAUCGUGGAACUGGACCAACAGCAUUCGGAAUCAAUUGAGAGACUGUUAUCGAUAAAAGAAGAAAUGCAGAACAAGCAUCAAACGCUUCAAAACGCCUACGAGCAGCUUUAUGCUGAAUACAACAACGCGCAGAGUAAACUCGAAACUGUAAAAUCCAAGCUGCAGUUUGCCGAGGCAAACAACAAUACGAUCGGUGCAGUUUCCUCCACAAACAUUCGGGAGGUCGAAGAAUUGUCGAGAAAAGUAAAAGAGAUACUGAGGAACGAGGAAAUCGAGGAACAAGAUGACAGAUCUAUCUUCGAGACUGUUGCCGAGAAAUACGUGGAAAGUAAAUGGAAGAAAGAUAUGCUAGAAAGAAGACUGACCGAGGUAAGUAGGGAGCUGAAAGACGUUGCUGAAAUGAAAGAAUCAGUGCAAUUGGAAUGCGACGACAUGCAGCUCAACAUCGAUUCGUUGCUUGCGGAAAUUGAACAUCUAAAGUCUAAUUUGCCAUCGAUUCCCGAGGCGAGCGAAGAGCGCGUUGCCUCCUUGGAGACCGAGACCGAGUCCUUGCAGGAAGAAAUCGAUCGUCUUCAAUCGCAAAACACAGCGACUAGACAACAGAAUUUCGACUUGGUAAUGGCCGUGCACAACAUCGAAGCGACCCUGCGGAACCAAGAGAAUCUGGAAGCCGAACUGAGGAACACGAAACAGCAGCUAGAAAUCGCCCAGCAACAAUUAUCCGGUGCUUCGAAAAACGUCGAAAACAAUGAGAACAUGCUCGAGGACUUGAGUCGCAGAUUACACAGCUCAUUAGACGAAAAUAACGAGCUUCGCGCGACGAUUGAUGAAAUGAAAAUGGCCCAAGGGAACUUGGAACAGCGACUGGAAGAUCAGAUUGAGUCGACAAAAAAAUUGGAAUCGGAACUUGAGAGCUUGCGGGAGGAUUUGAAACGUUCGGUUUCGAAUGAAAAGCGGUUGGAAGGUGAAGUGAAAACGCUGCAAGAUGCGAAAAGUCGAAUUCAGAGUGACCUCGAAACCGCAUUCCAGGAACGAGAGGAAUUGCAAACUUCGUUCGAUCCGCCUAACCAGGUGGCUGACCUGGAAUACGAUUUGUCAAAUAUGAGGAAAGAGUUGGACGUAGCGUUGAGUCAGGCGGAAAUCCAGCAGAGUGAAAUAGAAAAAUUGUCCCAGAGCAACGAGAGAUUGGUUAGAGAGAAUUCUUCGUUGCUCGAUCAGCUGGGUGCGACUCAGGACGAGUCACUGGACAAUAUAGAACUCCUGAACACGGAAAUGGUUCUUCUUGAGCAGAAAUAUAACGCAUUGGAGAAGGAAAUCGGUGUUAAAACGGCAGAACUUGCCGAGGCCUUGGAACAGCUUCAUGUCAACGAAGGAAAAUGCGUUCGGCUUGAAAACGAGUUGGCAACGUGCAAGCUAGUGACGGAAAAAUUACAAACUGAGAAUGGAAGGUGUAUUGACUUGGAAAAUGAAUCGAAAGUAUUGAAAGCAAAUCUAGAACAUUUUAAAAAUAUCGAAGGAAAAUUGAAAGAUAGCGAGGAUCGAUGUAGACAAUUGAAAAUUGAGCUAGAGUCUGUUAAGAGCGAAGCGGAAAAUUUAGUAACGGUUGAAAAAAAAUGUUGCGAACUCGAAGCCAAGUUGAACGACUUACGAAACGUAGAAGCAAAACUACAAUUAGCGGAAAGCAAAUGCAUUCAGCUAGAAACGGAAUUGAGAGAUAUUCGAUCGAAUCAGGUAGCUGGUGCUACGCUAGAAGAGGUGCAGAGAAUUAGUGAUGAGAUGAAAGAUGUUCGAGAAGCAUUAGCUGAAAAGACGCGUGAGAAUGAUGUUUUAAUUGCUGAAAACGCAAAGCAUUGCCGCACAGAGAAAUCUUUGGUGGAAAGUAAUCAAGAUUCGGCGGAGAUGGCCAGAGAAACUAUCAACGGCUUGACUCGGCUGGUCAGAGAGAAAGAUGCCGAGAUCCAGAAUUUGAGAUCAAGCGUGACCGGAAACCCCGUCGAUAAGCACGAGGAGCAAUUACUAGCUAUGAAAAAGGAGAGGGACGAGCUGGUGAAUCUUGUUCAAGUAAAACAUAACGAAAGCGUUCAAUACCAUCUUGAGAUACAAAGAUUGACGCAAUUGGUAAACGAGCAGCUGACGAAUAAUCAAAAACUGAAGGUGGAACACGACCGAGUUUCGGAAGCGGUGAAAGAAAAAGAAGCUGAACUUCUUUGGGCGCAAAACGAGCUUCAAGUCGUGCGUCAAAGACUGAAGAACUUCGAGGAGUCGAAUAAUUAUGGUGAAAACUGCGGGGUGGUCGAGCAUUCUGUCCAAUUAGCUCAAGCGGGGAUUCUUAACGAGAAGUGCAACGCGUUGGAGGCAGCUUUGGUCCAGGAGCAAUCUAGCAAUAGAAUUUUGCAAAAUCAGCUUGUAGAGAGUCAGAAAAAAGAGGCGGCUGCAGGAAAGGAAUUGGACCGAUUGAGAACUCACUUGAUGGAGAUCGAGGCGAGUUACACAGAAGAAGCUCUCUCAGCUGAACAGAAACAAAAGGAACUUGAAGUGAAAUUGAUGCAAGCCGAAGAACGGGUCAAGAAUAGUUCUACCGUUUACACUUCUGCGAGUAUCCGGGCUAAUCAACAAGUCGAAACGUUACAGCAACAAAUGGCUCUUAUUGUUCAACAGAGGGAUGAGAUACAAAAGAAACUAUCCAUAUCCGAAGACAAGGUUUUGGCGCACGCAGCUUCUCUCACCAAUUUGCAAAUUGUUUUGGAACAAUUUCAAAGCGACAAAGACAAAGACAUUCUAUCGGCAACAGAAAAAAUUCAGCAACAACUUGAGGAGUCUUAUGAAAGACAGGCGGAACUUUCUGACGAAAUUACCAAUCUCAAGGAUCAAUUGAUCGAAGCUAAAGAAUGCUUGCAAGCAGCGUCAAGACUGAGCGAACAACUGGAUAAAAAAACUGAGAGAAUCGAGGAACUGAAACGAGAAGUUGCUCGGUUAACAGAGCUAGUGAGUACCGCCGACGAUCGAAUACAAGGAGCAAAUAAAAGUGGCGAGGGAAAAGUAGACAGGGCUCUCUUGAAAAAUUUAAUACUCGGCUACGUGUCAUCAGCAACUGGCGACAAGUUAUCGGUACUCAGAGUAUUGGCUACCGUUUUAGAUUUCAACGAAUCGGACCGAGAGAAGAGCGGACUGAACAGCCCCGCGGCAAGCGGCAGCUGGUUUGCUGGGUUACUGCGAAGCGGAGGGGUUGCUCAAUCUAAAGAUCAAGAGGCAUCGUUAUCUGCGGCGUUCGUCAGGUUUUUGGAAAGUGAAUCCAAGCCAAAAGCUCAACUACCAGCUUUACCAAUAUCUACUACUCCGCCACCUCGCCCGGGUCACAGCAGACAACAUUCCUCUUCGUCUAAUCAAUCAACCCUACUCUUAUCGAAUAUCACAUUGCCGACAUUCCCAGAUUUCGUUCCUGCCAGGAAUACCGGCUCCAUUCUAAAGGAGGUUCUGAAGGACAGCUGAUAUUGAACUUGUUCUCACAAACUUGAUAUUAUUAUUUUUUACUCCUCAUUGCACAUGCUAGUAGAGAGAGGGAAUUGCGUUGUAAAGUUAUUUUUUUUUGUUCGAUAGUAGAAUCCAUUGGGACAAAAAUAACAAUACCGAUUUAUUUCAAACGUAUAAUUUGUCGAGAAUGCUAUGGGUACUGAGUUACGACUCGUAUGUAGAUAAUUGUCCUAAAGUUAAUUCAGGCGAUGCGUAGGUGAGGUAUGAAAAAUUGCUCAUGUACCGGAUAGAAAUUUCAAAUUUCAAAGUUAUCCAGCACUGACUGCACAUUCGUCUUCCUAACUAGAUUCAGUGCCCUUGUAUGAAUAUCUAUUAUUAUCGUUCUCACGUGAGCGGAGUUUGUAAAAGUUUGGGACAAUGAUUUGACAGUGAUUCGACAACAUACGUGAAAUGCGUCACACUAUCACUGUUCGAUGAAUUUGAUAAAUUACACGGAAUGCGAAAUGUAAUGAAGAAGCCGUCUUCUGAAUUCUGUAUCAUCAAUUUGUUGAAAUUUGUAUUAAAAUGUGUAUAAUAAAGAUUAUUUAACUGUA